AUGUCAUCUAUCGGAAUAAUUGGCGCGGGAAAUGUCGGCUUUGCUCUCGCUGUCGACCUCGCUGAUCAAGGGAACGAUGUCGUCUUGCGGACGACGACAGGGCAUCCGGGAAACACUCGAAAGAUCCAGGACAACCAUGGUUUCUUAGUUGCUACAGGCCAGUUCAAGGGUUGUUUUUCUGUCAAAGUCAGCCAAGGGUUCACGCAGCUUAAAGAGACCAUUCUUUUUGUUGCUAUUCCAUCAACAGGCAUCGACGAGGUCCUUGGCGAGCUUGCUGGAUACGACUUGCGCAAAACGAUUCUCAUCUUUAUUACAGGACACGCUGCUUCUAUCAAGGCACAUAUGAGAACAAACGCGAAAGCCGUUUUGGAAACGGCCACAUCGCCAUACAGCUCGCGAAUCAGUGCGGACGGGAGCAUCGGCGUCCGGGCCAUCAAGAAACGCCUCACGCUCAGUGUCCUUGGUGCCAACAUCAGCCAAGACGAUGCGACUAAAGUGGACGUAUUAUUUCGGAUGCAGGUGGAGUGGUGCCCGAGUGUCUUGCAGACGUUCUUGUCCGGCGUCAACGGCGUCGUUCAUGUGCCGACGGUCCUGAUGAACCUGGGGUGGAUGGAGACGACGAACGGCAACUUUUACUUUUACCGCCAAGGAAUGAGCCCAGGCGUGUGCAGUGUCAUUGAAGCGUUGGACAAGGAGCGACUCGCCGUCGCCGCGGCAUACAAUGUGCGCAUCCUGUCGGUGGUGGAGACGUACAAUGUCAACUACGGCACAAACGAGGUUACCUUUCGCGACUUUGUCGACAAGACGGUGGCACACAACUCGACAAAGGGGGCGCAGAAGCGAUUCCUAGCCCAGGACGUGCCGUACUGGCUAGUGCUCUGCUCUGAGCUAGGCCUGUUGGCUGGAGUUCCCACCAAGUGUAUUGACACCAUGAUCAUAUUGGCGUCGAUUCUCACGGGCACAAAUUAUAGGGCUACGGGAAACACGCUCAAGUCUCUAGGGCUUGAGCGUGCGACGGUGGAGGAAGUCAUUCGGGCUUUCCGAGGUGGCGAUUAG